AUGACGACGCGGGUCAUGGGGGACGCGGGUCAUGGGGGACGCAGGUCAUGGGUACGCAGGUCAUGGGGACGGGGGUCAUGGGGACGCAGGUCAUGGGGACGCAGGUCAUGGGGACGCAGGUCAUGGGGACGCGGGUCAUGGGGGACGCAGGUCAUGACGACGCGGGUCAUGGGGGACGCGGGUCAUGGGGGACACGGGUCAUGGGGACGCGGGUCAUGGGGACGCGGGUCAUGGGGAACGCAGGUCAUGACGACGCGGGUCAUGGGGACGCGGGUCAUGGGGAACGCAGGUCAUGACGACGCAGGUCAUGGGGACGCGGGUCAUGGGGGACGCAGGUCAUGGGUACGCAGGUCAUGGGGACGUGGGUCAUGGGGACGCAGGUCAUGGGGACGCAGGUCAUGGGGACGCGGGUCAUGGGGACGCGGGUCAUGGGGGACGCAGGUCAUGACGACGCGGGUCAUGGGGGACGCGGGUCAUGGGGGACGCAGGUCAUGGGUACGCAGGUCAUGGGGACGUGGGUCAUGGGGACGCGGGUCAUGGGGGACGCAGGUCAUGACGACGCGGGUCAUGGGGGACGCGGGUCAUGGGGGACGCAGGUCAUGGGUACGCAGGUCAUGGGGACGUGGGUCAUGGGGACGCGGGUCAUGGGGACGCAGGUCAUGGAGACGCAGGUCAUGGGGACGCAGGUCAUGGGGACGCAGGUCAUGGGGACGCGGGUCAUGGGGACGCAGGUCAUGGGGACGCAGGUCAUGGGGACACGGGUCAUGGGGACGCGGGUCAUGGGGACGCGGGUCAUGGGGGACGCAGGUCAUGACGACGCGGGUCAUGGGGGACGCGGGUCAUGGGGGACGCAGGUCAUGGGUACGCAGGUCAUGGGGACGUGGGUCAUGGGGACGCAGGUCAUGGGGACGCAGGUCAUGGGGACGCAGGUCAUGGGGACGCGGGUCACGGGGGACGCAGGUCAUGACGACGCGGGUCAUGGGGGACGCGGGUCAUGGGGGACACGGGUCAUGGGGACGCGGGUCAUGGGGACGCGGGUCAUGGGGAACGCAGGUCAUGACGACGCGGGUCAUGGGGACGCGGGUCAUGGGGAACGCAGGUCAUGACGACGCAGGUCAUGGGGACGCGGGUCAUGGGGGACGCAGGUCAUGGGUACGCAGGUCAUGGGGACGUGGGUCAUGGGGACGCAGGUCAUGGGGACGCAGGUCAUGGGGACGCGGGUCAUGGGGACGCGGGUCAUGGGGGACGCAGGUCAUGACGACGCGGGUCAUGGGGGACGCGGGUCAUGGGGGACGCAGGUCAUGGGUACGCAGGUCAUGGGGACGUGGGUCAUGGGGACGCGGGUCAUGGGGGACGCAGGUCAUGACGACGCGGGUCAUGGGGGACGCGGGUCAUGGGGGACGCAGGUCAUGGGUACGCAGGUCAUGGGGACGUGGGUCAUGGGGACGCAGGUCAUGGGGACGCAGGUCAUGGGGACGCGGGUUAUGGGGACGCGGGUCAUGGGGACGCAGGUCAUGGGGACGCGGGUCAUGGGGACGCGGGUCAUGGGGGACGCAGGUCAUGGGGACGCGGGUCAUGGGGACGCGGGUCAUGGGGACGCGGGUCAUGGGGACGCAGGUCAUGGGGACGCAGGUCAUGGGGACGCGGGUCAUGGGGACGCGGGUCAUGGGGACGCAGGAGAGUGCUUAG